AUGACCGUCCAACUGACCCCUUGCGCGAGAAAGCUGAUCGAGAUCCGACCAAAGGAACUGCUCGUUUCGCCCGCCAGGAUCGAUCCAAAACGCAAGCGACACGCCCAGACCCAGAAGAACCAGCGCGAUCGCAUGAAGGCCGCCCUUGAGCUGAUGGCCAGAACGCUGGAGGCAAGGGGCGUAGACACUGCAGGGACCAGAGCGGAGGUGGUCGAGGCUGCUGUGGAAUACAUCCUCAGCCUGCAGACGGAGAUGGACUGA